UUUAUAUGAAUGUGUUUAUGAGGCUAGUUGUUAUAUAUUAUAGAACAAAUUCUUAAAGAUUAUAUGUUUUUUCUAAAUAGUUUCUUGGUUAAUGAUAGUAUUGUGUUCAGAUUCCGGUGAAAUUUAAUAAUUUUGUUGUUUUGUAUAUUGUUAAAAAAUAUUAUAUAUAAAUUAAUAUCCAACGGUCAUGCUCGGUAAUGACCACGUCAUACAGAGCAUGACAAUAUACAAUAGUAGAGACAAUUAUUCUAAAUUUCUCUGCCCUAAAAAUAUUUCUGAGUUGAAUCACUAUGUAUAUGCAUAUCUCAAGAGUACAGAGUUUGUUUCAGGCAAGACCAGCAUACAAUGUGCCCAAAUUUUGCUAAUUAUAUAACUAUUUAAUUAUGCAUUGAGCAGCAGGAUGAGCUAGUUAUAAAUCAAAUAAAUUAAGGGGUAUUCAAAGGAGUUAGGUUCGAAGUGUAUUUGCUGAGUGAAAAGGCUAAUUUAUUUUUGGGGGGUUUUUGCAGUCGAUAUUGAAAUUUGGACUCAUUGGUGGUCUGUUUUUAACUUUAUAAUUUGCUAAAGAGAUUGCGGUGAAGGAGUUGGAAAGAGUUAGUGAUGGAUGAAGGUCAGGGUAAUUUCAGUGCACUGCCUCCAUUUAUAGCCAAGACUUAUGAAAUGGUGGAUGAUUUUUCAACGGAUCUCAUUGUAUCUUGGAGUAUGAACAAUAGAAGUUUUGUUGUGUGGAAUCCGCCAGAGUUUUCUAGGAUUUUGUUGCCGAGAUUCUUCAAGCACAAUAACUUUUCCAGCUUUAUCCGACAGCUUAACACAUAUGGUUUUAGAAAAGUUGAUCCUGAACAAUGGGAAUUCGCUAAUGAGGAUUUUGUUCGAGGUGAACCACACCUUUUGAAGAACAUUCACAGACGCAAGCCAGUUCACAGUCAUUCAGCGCAAAAUCUUCAUGGACAUGGAGCUUCUUCAUCUCCCUUGACUGAUUCAGAAAGACGUGGCUACAGGGAAGACAUUGAAAGAUUGAGAUAUGAGAAGGAAUCCCUUCACUUGGAGCUUCAAAGGCGUAAUGAAGAGAAACAUAUAUUUGAAUUGCAGAUGCAGAUUCUGACUGAGCGUGUGCAACAUCUAGAACGACGACAGACAGAUGCAAUAUCAUCUUUGGCGGAAACUUUAAAGAAACCAGCGCUUGCUUUUAGUCUCGUGCCAAAGUCAGAAGAAGUACAUGAGAGAAAGAGAAGGGUACCCAGAAAAAGUUCCUGGCAGGAGGAUGGAAGCUCCGAAGAUGAUCAGACGAAUGCUUUCCAAGGUUUCCUUGCAGGGACUUCAGGCUUCAACGUGGGGUUGUUGGAGAAAUUGGAGUCUUCUCUAACAUUUUGGGAGAAUGUAGCCAGAGAUGCUACAAUGGCUACUGUGCCAGAUGAUCCAUCAAUGGAUUUUGAUCAAUCUACAAGCCUCGCUGGGAGCCCUGCUAUAUCUUACCCUGAUCUUGGUAUUGAAACUUUAGCGAUUGACAUGAACUCCGAGCCUACUAAGGCAAUUGUGCCUGAGAUUACCGUUUUAAAAGAAGAGGCAAGAGAUGGAAGCUUGUCUGAUUCUCCAACUGCAGCCAAUGACGGAUUCUGGGAACAAUUUCUAACCGAUAGCUUGGAAUCAACUGAUGGUCUUGAACUUCAUUCCAAAAGAAAACAUCUUGAGGAUAGAAAGGAUAGAAGUCAAGUAGUUGAUCAUGAAAAUUUUUGGUCGAAUAUGAGGAGUAUAAAUAACCUCACCGACAAGCUGGGACAGCUUGCUCCAGCUCAGAGCACUUGAUGCUGGUUUCUUUCAGCCUUUACUUAUAUGUAUCAAAUUUUGAUAGUUUCACUACCUACUUGUAAAUAUAGGAUGCUUAAUUCAAUAACAGCUACAGAUUUUAUGCGUAAA